CGACUCGAAAGCUUCACUCGUUGAUGUUCCGCCGAUCCGACCGGACGUGUACCGAUCCGAACAGACGCGCCACAGCUUCACCCGGGGUCGGGUUUCGCCGAACAAGUCGCGUAGAAGGACAGCGGAAUACCAAAAAAAAAAAAAACAAGCAUUAAGAACGAGCAACAGUCGUAACGGCAGUUAUUAUCAACGGAUUUCCUCGGUCGCCGCUGUGCCAAGUGUUUUGUGUACGGUGUUUGUGUAACGAUGUUCACCACGGUGCCGAUUAUCUCUGUGCGGGUUUGUUACGCAUUUUAAAGUCAUCGUUUUGCGCGUACACCCCGUGUAAAGGUAGACUUGUAGGUGUAAUUUUUUAAAAAUGCUUCGUGAACCGUAACCGGGCGAAGCUAGAGAAAACAAAACAAAAAAGUUAAUCGGGAGUUGCGCAUAAAAAAUCGGCCCCGUUGUAGUAGUGUUGAACAACAGUGUCGAGGGGGGGGAAAAGUAAAAAGACCAAACCCAGCGAAGGCAGUGCGUGCACGAAAACAGCAAGUUUUAAGCGGAGGUGAAAUUGAAGUUGGUCAUCCAGUCCGCCAGUGACGACAAAGCUUUCGUUUUCGCAAGCAUUUUAAUCUCGGUGAAGUAGUGGAAAUAGGAGUGUGUUGUUUAAGCGAUACGAAGCGCAAAAGGAAAAGAAACAUAGUGUCGCGUGCUCGAAGCGUAGCGUAGAAGGAAAGCUCCAGUGAAAGUGUCCGGUCCGCCGGUCCCAGUGUGAGUUGGUAACAGUGAGUGUAAAGGCAGUGAGUGUAAAGUAACGUGUGGAUGCGUCCACACCCAAUGUGUUCCAACCAUCGUGGCGGUGGAUCGAGGCGCAGAUCGGAUCGCCCUUGCGCAGGCAAUAAAAGGGAGUCUGUUUGCGUACUCCGCCGAUAGUUGGCUGCGUUGGCAAAUGAAAGGAUAAUAGUGGCGCUUGAUUACACAAUCAAUAUUAAUUAAGCAAAUGAGUGCUGUGCACCUUUGGCAGUGUAGGGUGCCACCGUCGUCGCUACCAGAAUCUACCGAUCGGCAGUGUACGGAGAUCCCGUGCGGUGGAAAAAUAUUUACCCUCCCAUAAGAGUUCCGUUAGGUUCUCCGGUGUGGUGAAAAACAAAAAUAUAAAUCUUCCCCUCGAGAAGAAGCUUUGAAGUAAAAGGGUUAGGGAUUUGUUUAACGGCGAGCCCUCGCCAAAACCCUACCUUUUGCACACAACGUCGGUACUACGGCGAAAGAUCGGCGUAACUUCGAGAUCGGGGAUACGGCAAGCACAUACCUACAAGAGAGCAAGUUGUAGAAGAAGGUCUAAAGGAAAACCAGUUUUCCCUCGCGACAACCCAGCCUCCUCUCGCUCUCCCCGGACAGUUACAGGUCUAACGAGAACACGGUCAACUGCCGCCCUCCCCCGAUUUGCACAUUCCAUAACUGCCAGUGGUGCAAACAAAAACAACUCCCCCAUUUCGGGGCGCGUGCCUUCGUAUCGCAGCCCGGUCACAACAAGCUGCAGAGGUGGUGGAGAUCAUCAGCACCGGUCUCAGCUGUCUCAGCCACCGUUGACAGGCGGGUUUUCGCCGCAAGUCUACCCCGGUACCGAGAAGUUCACAUUACAGGUGUGACGGCACGGUAUGACUUCUUCCAUAUUUCUCACCAUGGCAGGAUGGACUAGUGACAAGUUUCGUCUCUCCUGUAUCGACAACAAUGGUCUCAAACGUACGCUGCUGAAAAUGCUGAUACUAGACAAUGGAACGAAGAACUCGAACAUCGAAGCGGAACGUACAGCGACGGAGUAUCUGGUCGACCAGGGUGUGCCAACGGCGAACGCCAACAAAUCGCUGCUCAGCUUUCUGGCAAUCAAUGCUCUCGAGCUCAGUGCACCCGCCAGUCCCGUCCUGCUAGAAUGUAACGCCCCGACCGUUCCUCCCGGCUGGCUGCAGCUUUCCGGCCAUCCCAAAAGCAUUGCCCCGAUGGCGAACGGUAUCGUGCGAAAGCGCAUUUCCGGCCCGAACGAUACGGAGCUGCUCGCCUACCGCCAGCUGAUGGUGGAUCCGCACGCGAUCAAGGUCGUGCCCAAGUUCCUCGGCGUACACCAGCUCGGCGGUGAGCACUUUAUCGAGCUGCACAACAUGCUGCACGGGUUUGUCGAGCCGAACGUGAUGGACAUCAAGAUGGGCUUCCGGACGUUCACGGAAACCGAAGUCAGCAAUACCGCGCUGCGGGAAGAUCUGUACAAAAAGAUGAUUGCCGUCGAUCCGAACGCACCGACCGCCGAGGAGCACGCACGGAAAGCGAUCACCAAGCUGCGGUACAUGCAGUUCCGGGAAAACAUGUCAUCCACGCAGGAGAAAGGUUUUCGCAUUGAGGCACUGAAGAUGCGGGGCUUUUCACCCGUCACCGAUCUGAAGACGAUCAAGAACGAUCAUCAGAUACGCACGACGGUGGGCCACUUUGUGAAUGGGCGGCGCAGUGUGGCGAAGGACAUCCUCAAACGAUUGCGCCAGAUGCGUACGCUGAUCGAAAAGUCCGAGUUCUUCCAGCGCCAUCAGGUGUUGGGUAGCAGCGUGUUCAUCGUGUACGACGACCAUCAGGUCGGUGUGUGGUUGAUCGACUUUGCCAAAGCACUGCCACUGCCAGCAGGGACGAAGGUUACGCACAGACGCCGCUGGCAGAUGGGCAACUGUGAGGAGGGUCUGCUGCACGGGUUCGAUGAGCUGAUCCGGACGAUGGAAGCGGUACAGCAGAAUGUCCACUCGUUGCGCAAUCAGUCACGUGCGACGGACGUUUAGGAUUUGUUGCUGGUGGUCUUUUACCAGGCUCGAACGAAUUUCAUUUUCUCGAAUAGUUGUUUGCGAAGGCUGGUCCCUUCAAACGGUGUCGACAGACGUGAAACUAGUCAAUAUGUAGGAUCGUUUAAUGGCGAAGUGGUGGAGUUUAGAAGUAGGAAAUCUUCCCAAAAAAAAAAAAAAACAAAAACGAUAUGUCGAAGAAGAAAGCAAAAAAACACAAGACUGAACCUUCGCCGCAAAGAAGGCGAUACCGAUGUCGUUUGCGGUCUGGGCUGUAGCGCGAGCGUAUCGUAUUCUUUGAAGAAUGUUAAAACAAUGUUCCAUAUUGGAAGAAAAAGCAAGCAAGCUUAUAGUGUGUUAAAGAGGAGAAAUUGCAUAAGAAGAAAAGCUAGUGAAUAUUGCGAUAAAUCUGGAGGAGAUAUAGCUGUGUAGGAGGACACACACACAUUGGAGCGCACAUGUUAUACUAGCUAUUACUACUACUGAUACUACUACUACCACUACUACUACUACUGCUACUGCUACUUACUGCUCCAAAUCGUGAAAUCCUCCGAACGAAAUUGCAAACUGAAACGUUCCGUUCCACUUACUAUUCAAACUCAUUUAACAGGCAGCUCUUACCAUACGUAAGCUUCUAGAAGUGUUACACAGGCAUAAGGCUAUUCCGAGCAUGUUAAUAUAUACACUAUAGGCGCGGCAUAAUGCAUACCCCCCCUUUUUGCUUACUAUUUAAUGUGUUAAAUGUUUAAAUUAAUAAAAUGUAAAAACAAUUCUCAAUGUA